GAGGCGGGGGCGAAAGUUCACCAGCAUGGUACUCACGUAUCAGGUGACAAUGUGGGAAAGUUGGACACCGCAAGCGGUUUAAAUGCAAACCAAAGACAAAGCGACAGGAAAAGGAAUCGGCAUGACGAGUGAGAGAGUUUCAGCCCUGCGCGGGGAGGAUGAGGAGGACACAGCUCUGGGAUAUUUCGACGACGAAGACGACCUGGAGCCGUUCUCAGACGGCGAGCUGGGCUGUGAGGACGGAGUGUUGAGCUUCAGUGAUUCUUUGAAUGGAGAGGUCAAACCUCGUAUCCUGUUGAUGGGCCUGCGGAGGAGUGGAAAGUCCUCCAUUCAGAAGGUGGUUUUUCAUAAAAUGUCACCCAACGAGACCCUGUUUCUGGAGAGCACCAAUAAGAUCUGCAGGGAAGAUGUCUCCAGCAGCUCUUUUGUCAGCUUCCAGAUCUGGGACUUCCCUGGCCAGAUCGACUUCUUUGAUCCCACCUUCGACUAUGAAAUGAUCUUCAGAGGCACUGGAGCACUAAUCUUUGUCAUUGACUCACAGGAUGACUAUGUAGAGGCUCUGAGUAGACUGCAUCUCACAGUGACUAGGGCCUACAAAGUCAAUCCAGACAUCAACUUUGAGGUGUUCAUUCACAAAGUGGACGGCCUAUCAGACGAUCAUAAGAUUGAGAAGCAGAGGGACAUUCACAAACGAGCCAACGAUGACCUUGCAGAUGCAGGCCUGGAACGAAUUCACCUGAGCUUCUAUUUAACCAGUAUAUAUGAUCACUCCAUAUUCGAAGCUUUCAGUAAAGUGGUCCAGAAGCUCAUCCCACAGCUGCCCACGCUGGAAAACCUGCUAAACAUCUUCAUAUCAAACUCAGGUAUUGAGAAAGCCUUCCUGUUUGAUGUGGUCAGUAAGAUUUCUAUUGCCACAGACAGCAGUCCAGUGGACAUGCAGACGUAUGAACUGUGUUGUGACAUGAUUGACGUGGUCAUUGACAUCUCCUGCAUCUAUGGUUUGACAGACAGUGAAGCUGGUUUACCCUAUGACAAGGAGUCUAUGGCCAUCAUCCAUCUGAAUAACACUACAGUCAUGUACCUGAAGGAGGUCACCAAGUUCCUCGCAAUGGUCUGCUUCCUCCGCAAGGAAAGCUUUGAGAGGAAAGGAUUGAUUGACUACAACUUCCACUGCUUGAAGAAAGCCAUCCAAGAGGUUUUUGAUGUUCGAGUCAAGGUUCAACAAAAUCGUAAACUCCUCAAUCAGAGGAGGUGGAGCAAACUGACUAUGACCAAUGGAGUGCUGAACAACCCCCACUGAACUGGUGCCAGCACAUCAGUCAGGGUUUACCUGAACUCUACCCGAUGAAAUCCAGGAUACUCCAUCCUCAUUCAAAGGAACACAUCGAGUUUUUCAUCGUACUGGGAAUUGUUCAGUCCGUUCAAUCCACCGUCCUCCAAAGUCUCUGUCCUCAGAAGCAAAGUAGGCUCAAUGAGAAGUAUACCGGAAGAUUAACCAAUUUUAUUUCCCCCGCCCUCCAUAGCAAGUGGGGGUAAUAUGCCUAUAUUGACCACAGAAACUCAAACUGUAGCAAAUCUAGCAGCGUUGAUAAUCAUUAUAGAUACCGCUAAUAAGUACAAAACAUAUAAACUUUAAUAUACUAUACAACGCGCAGCAUUGUUCUGUGCAAACUGAAAGAAUGCCAGAUGUAUAUAUGGACAGCCUGCUGUGAGAUAUAUGUCAUGGACAUACCUGAUAGGAUGGUGUAUGGAACAUGUGACAAUAAAAUCACUUUGUGCCUGCCUCAACUACCGUGAGGCUCUGCGGAUUGCCCUAUAGACCCAAAAUCACUCCUGAGUCUGUGGAGAGCACUGACUACCAUGCUUCAUGUUAACAGCAUCAGUAUUUUUCUGUCAUCUCUUUGCCUCCUGGUAACACCUUCCACUCCUGUUUAUGCCAAUCUGAGAGGAAUUAUGGGUAAUUUACAGCCUUAAAUUAUACAUUUUUCCAGACGGUGCCCCUUAAGUUGAAAUAAGCUCCAUUCAGACUGGAUUUAUUUCUGUGGGGUGAUUCUAACGUUACCUGCCCUGGUCAGUGAUUUUACCCCAUCCAAAGAGCAUAUGUGUGUAAUUUUUCACCCCCAACCCAUUUAUAAUUACAGCUAUAAUUAACCACCUUUUAUCUGUGAACUUGCUGGUCCCCCUGCAUUUUAAAUCCAUCUGGGGUGACAACCUUGUAUUUUAAAGUGGAUCUCGCAGUUUUUUCCUGAGCUGCUUGUUCUUCUACUUUUUAAUCAGCUAAGUGUGAAAUCUAACUUUCGUGUAAAAGUGGAGGAAGUCAAAAUUGUUUUUUUAAUCCGAUAGACAGAAACAUGCUAACACCAACAUAUAGGCCUAUCUGGGAACCAGUAUGGCAACAGAAAAAAUUGAAGGCAUCAGGAAAGCUCGCAAAAGCUCAUCGACCGGGCCCUUGUGAUGUCAGCUACAGGUAGGCGCUGGUAUUCUCUUUUGAGCCCCAUGUUUUUUGGUCUGAAUUUGUUUCCACUUUGGCAAAUAGGCACCGUUAAUGCGCUGAAUUAGCUAUUAGCAGUUUGUGUUUGCAGUGUACCUAUGGAUGUACACACAACCAUCACUGGACUACUUUGAUACUGAAAAAACCUUAAAAUGUGAUGAUUCUCAGGCAAGUUCCUAGUGUCUGUGUUCUAUGAUUUCUAAGCAGUUUUGAGGACAUUUUUUCACAAUAAACACAGAAGAUAAUAAUAUUUUCAGAAAGUGUAAGUCAUUCAGAAUGCUAUCCGUAUGGGUUAUGUUUGUUUGACUUAGUAUCUGACAGAGUAUCUUUGCAUCACGUAUCUCCCUCCUCGCCUCCUCUUCCACUCUCCCGUGCUCCCCUGGGGAGGCUUUCUAUCUUGUUCUUUUGGCUUUACCUUGCUGAUUAUCUGGCUAUUACAGAUCAUAUCUUGUAAUUUCAUGAUGGCUGUACGCACAGACAAUGCACAGGCUACUAGGUCUUGAGUUGGGUUUGGUUUUUCACAUUUGGCCCUCAGGUCAGUCGGGUUUGGUCUUUAAGAUGUCGGUAGACGUUUGAGUAUCAGUUUUAGGCCUGCGCAGAACAGUUUUGAUUUGUGUGCAAUAAAAACAAACAACUGAACAGAUGAAUGAUUUAGGCCUUCUGCACUACAGGAACUUUAUGACCUGUAGCUUAAGAUGUUGCGAUUGUCACAAGUUCUGUUUUUUUUCCGAAGUGCUCUCGCCACUUUGAGGAGAAGUUCCUGAACCUGAAUUUCAGCAGGAGGUGAUAUUAAAUCCAGGUUCAAGCUAUUCUCAAGGAGAAGGAAUGUAACAGAUGUAAUGCCAUCAAUAUAGGCCUGUGUUAAAAGGGCUAUGUGUCAUACACGGUUCUUUCAGUAUGGACAGAAACCUACUCAAAUUAAAGCUGAGAUGUGGCUAAUUUAAUGUAGUUGCCAUUAUUUUAUUUCAAAUUGAAUGUGCUGAAGCUCAGAGCCCAAAGAACAAAAAAAUGUGUAACUGUCCAAAUGCUUACAGUCUGGACUGUUUAUCAGAAAUGUUUUGGUUUGUAAAACACUGUAGGAAGCAAAGCAGAACCUAGAACGUAGACCUUACAGGUUCAGGUUAUAGGAAGCUCCAGGUUACAGGAUGUAAUUGAUAAAGCCGAAUUACAAGUCUGAGUCAUGUGCUUAUUCACAUGUGUUUUUUAUUGCUGUUUAUCACAUAAUUUAUUGACAGACAUUUUCUACUUCUAGUUGAUUUAAAAAGUUGCAUGCACAUAUGAUAAAAUGUGACAUCUCCAUUGCCAUAACACUACCCUUUUAUUGACAAACAAGACUAGGUCAAAACCUAGUAUGUGGCUGGUAAGCCCUUUAUCUGUUUGCUUCUCUCCUACUCUUUGCUCUCACAUAUAC